GAGGAAAGGCAUUCAGAUUUGUGUGUGGGUGAGUUUUAUCUUUAAACGAAAUCAUGCCUUCUGUUCAAAAAAUUAUGGAGCCAGUAGAAUUGAAGAUAGGUCGCGAGAAAUACUAUCAUUUCUUGAAAGAUAACGUUUAUCAUGCUCCUAAUAUUAUUUCAACCAUUCAAGACGUAGCAAUUCAUGAAGGUGAUUGGGACAAUUGUAGUCAUGACUCCAUAAAAGUAUGGAAUUACACCAUCGAUGGUAAAGCUGAGGUUAUGAAAGAACAACCCACAUUCGAUGAUGAAAAUCUUCAAAUAAGUUUCACUGUGAUUGAAGGAGAUAUGUUGAAGAAAUAUAGAAGCAUGAAGAUUAGUUAUCAUUCCGUACCAAAGGGUCCUCAACAAUGUGUGCUUUACGUAACUUUAGAAUAUGAAAAAUAUGAUCCUACCACACCUGAUCCAUACAAUUACCUUCAAUUAAUUGCUAAAGCUAUUAAGGAUUUGGAGAACUAUCUUAUUCAUCAUUAGUACAAAUUAAAUGGUUUAGUUAAGUUUAUGGUUUUCUGUAGCAAAAUAAAAACCCUCUCCCAUCCUUCUGUAAAAUAGAUAUAGAUGGAAGAUCUACUGUUAUGUUUGCCUUCUUCUUUUUCUAUUUUUCUACAUGGCCAUUUAUGGUCUUUCAAAAUAUAUAUAUAUACUAAUAAAACAUAUAUUACAAUAUU